AACAGCAGGAAUCACUUCAUCUAAAUACGUCUAGAUCAAGUUUUAUCUGGAAAUUUGUUUACAUAUUAGGCUGAAGGGCCACCUUAAAAAAAAUAUUUACUCGUUAGAAAAUAACUAACUCUGUGUGACGAGCAGGGAGGAGGAGGAGGAAGAAGAGGAGGAUGAGGAGGAGGAGGAGGAAGGGUUGGGGCGACUGACGGCAAAUGCCUUUGCAGCAGAGGACCAAGGAGGAUGAGUGAGUGUGCGCUGCUGCGGGACAACAUUCGGAUACGUUUGAUAUUGGUGGAAAAACUGCCACAUCUCUUGAGUUUCUGAGCGAAAACGCCGACAAUUCUCACCACAUUGUCAGGACUCUGAUUUAGGAUGGACGUGUGCUGCACUUCUGCACGCCUGGAUCACUUCUGAGCAGGAAAUGCAUGUCCUCGGAUGCUGUCAGUCUUGUCUUGAUUGAAACAGCCUGGAUGUUCUGUUGAAGUGUAUUAGCUUGGUAACGAUGGAGAGUGGAGUUUUUCUGCCCUGUCUGGAUCAGUUCAUGCUGAGCCCACUUGUCACUUGGGUGAAGACAUUUGUGCCAAAUGAUGGAGGCGUGCACUUGGAUUUUUCUGAACUGCUGGAUGGAGUCUUCUUGAAUGGCAUAAUGACUCAAAUAAAUCCCUCAGAGGCACCUCAGGGUGCAAACAAAGUGAGCAGGGAUCCCAGUCAGAGGGUCCAGAAUCUGAACUGUCUUGUCCAGCAAAUCAAGACCUAUUAUUUGGAUAAUCUGAGACAAAUAAUCAUGAUUCCUUUGCCAAAUGUGUUCCUGCUUGGCAAGACUCCUUACUGUGAACAAAGUCUGGAUGAAAUGAAGAAACUUUUGCUGUUACUCUUGGGAUGUGCAGUCCAGUGUGAGAAGAAAGAGGAGUACAUCGAGAGGAUCCAGACGCUUGACUUUGAGACAAAAGCUGCAAUAGCUGCACAUAUCCAGGAGUUGACCCACAGUCAGGAGAAUGUGCUGGAUCUGCACUGGUUGGAGUCCAGUGAGGUUCACCUAGAUGAAAUGGAGACAGUUGCAAGGAACAUGGCAACUCACCUCCAACGCCUGCUGGAACAGAGGGACACUCAUCUGGAGACUAUAGCAGAGUUAAUGCAGGAAAAGGAAGGUGUAGUUAGUUUGCUCAGCAGCCCCUCCAGCCCACAGUCCGCCAGUUUAUCUCCCACCAUGCAGCAGCAGCAGCAGGUAGGGAAUCAGCAGCACCUGGCCGUGGAGUUAGCGGACUCCAAGGCAAAGAUCAGACGACUGAGACAAGAAGUCGAGGAGAAAAGCGAGCAGAUGCUGGACUGCAGACACGAGCUGGAGAACAUGGAGGCCGAACUGAAGAGGAUCCAGCAGGAGAACUCCCAGUUGCUUGUGGAUGCACGUGCAGCUCGUACCUACCGGGACGAACUGGACGCCCUGCGAGAAAGAGCCAUCAAGGCGGACAAGCUGGAGAGUGAAGUGGGACGCUACAGGGAGCAACUGCACAAGAUGGAGUUCUACAAGGCCAAAGUGGAGGAGCUGAAGGAGGAUAACAGGGUGCUCCAGGAGACCAAAGAGGUAUUGGAGGAUCAGUUGGAAGGCUGGAGGGCACGUUCAGAUAAAAUACACCAGCUGGAGAAGCACAGUCUGCUGCUGAAGGCCCGGGUCCACGACAUGGAGCAGGAGAAGGAGGCAGAUCGGAGGCGCAUCGAGGAGCUGCAGGAGGAGAACCUGGCUUUGUGUUUGGCUCAGAGGAGAAGCAUGGAGGAGUCUCAACACCUGGGCUGGGAGUUAGAGCAGCUCUCCAAGACCACAGAGAACUGCCAGGUAUGUUUGUCUAAAGGCCAACAGACUCUGAGUGAAGAGGUCAGUGAGAGGACACGUAGUCGGAUGCUGAAGCUGGAGAAGGAGAACCAAAGUCUCCUGAGAACCAUUGAGGAGCUCAGAGCCGCUACUAUUAAUAACAGCACUCAAGCCAAACAUAAUCAGCAGGUGAUGUGUAGCACAAAGAACUGUACCUCAUCAAUAGAUGAAUCCUCGGUGUUGCAAACCUCCUGCUCAAAUGCAGGGAACCACACUCACCCGCUCAGUACAGUGACACAACAGUUGCUGAAUGGAGAUUCAAACUGCCACCAGCAGCUUCAUACAGAAGAGCUGGAGGGAGUCCAGAGCGAGAUCUUCCUCACAGAUACUCCAGACCUUCAUAUUCAGGAGAAAGGACAGCUCGAGGAAGGAGGCAGCGGAGAGCGCUUCAAAGAAGUGAUGUCUGACCUGGAAGUCUUAGAAAACAAUCACAAUAGGCUCCAUUGUUUCGUUGGAUCACGUGAUCACUCCCCUGGCUCGAACAGCAGCAGUCCCUGCCAUGACAGCAUCUUCACAGGUCUGCCAACACGCUCCUCCUACGCCAGCAAGCACACACAGCGGCUAGAGGCCAAGUGCAGGGCUCUGGACACAGUUAAUCAGCACCUACAGAUUUCCCUCGACAACACUGAACGAAAAGUUCAGCGUCUGGAGGCAGAGGUUCAGGAGCUGGAAGCAGAGAACCAGAGUCUGCAGGCCACCUUAGAAGAACUUCGGAUCUCUGCAAGACGCCUUGAGCAACUAGAAACAGAGAAGCAGAACCUGGAGCAUGAAACUUCGGCUCUGGAGAGAGACAAGAGGCAGCUGGAAAAAGAGAAUCGACGACUCCGGCAGCAGGCUGAGAUCCAGGAAUCCAACUUAGACAGCAGUAAUGUCUGCAUGGCUAGCUUGGAACGGGAGAUGCGCUUUCUAGUGAAGGAGGUGGAGGGGUUAAGAGAAACUGCUGAGAGGGUCAAAGGCCUGGAGAGAGACAACAGAGAACUGACCAAGCAAGCUGCUAUCGACCAGAGGACCCUGGCAACCCUCAGAGAGGAGCUGGUGAGUGAGAAGCUGAAGACCCAGCAGAGAGACAAUGAACUGGAGAGGUUGGCCCAUGAGCUGGAGAUGAAGUUCCUGAACCAGGAGGGUCCACAGCAGGCUGAACAAGAGACACCAGACAACAGCAGGUUCAAAAUGCUGGAGUCAGAGUUGGAGUCGUCUCUUAAAAGGUCUCUGCAGAUUAAAGACGACAAGAUGGCUGCUCUGGAGGCUCGUCUGCAGGAAUCCUCCUCCCUGAACCAGCAGCUGCGCCAGGAGCUGAAGACUGUGAAGCUGAGCUAUGAGGCCUUGCAGCAGAGGCAGGAGGAGGAGUGGAUGACAUCCAGCUCCACCCCUCCAAGAGAGAGCGGCAAGACUGUGAGAGAGUGGCUGCGUGAAAGUCAGGAGGCUACCAAGGAGCUGCUGAAGCUCAAAGACCGGCUCAUUGAGGUUGAGAGAAAUAAUGCGACACUGGAGGCAGAGCGCCAGGCUAUGCAGGCCCAACUAAAGCAUCUGGAAAGUCAGUCAGUCAGCCAGCAGGCUCAGAUUCUGGCCCUGCAGAGGCAGGCCGCCUCUCUGCAGGAGAACAACACAGCCCUGCAGACACACAACGCUAACCUCCAGGUGGAGAAGUCAACGCUGAAUUCACAGAGUGCCUCCCUGGUGGCCCAGAACGCUCAGCUGCAGCAGCAGCAGUCUGGGACAGAGUGUGAGAGGGACAGCGCCAUACGAGAGCGUGAAGAGCUGCGCGGCGUUCACGAGCAGCUGCUACGAGAUCAUGAGCGGCUGGCAGUUCUGCAUGAGCGACAGGCCAUGGAGUAUGAGGCCCUGAUGGGCAAACAUGGCUGUUUGAAAAACGCCCACCGCACACUGGAACUGGAGCAUCGCACACUGCAGGACAGAUAUAACAGCCUGUUACGGAAGCGGACGAAGCUAGAAGACCUGGAGAAAGCCCUGACAGAGGAGCAGAUGAGAAUGGCUCUGGAAAAAGAACAACACAGGACAACUGCAGCUGAAUGUUGCCGACUCCGUGAUGAAAAGGACUGGCUCAACCAGACAUACCGUCAGCUUCUUAAUGAUAAUGAGGUGCUGACAGCGGAUCACAAGCAGCUUAAGAGUCAGCUGAAUGAGGCCAAGCUGGAGCACACCUGGCUGGAAGCAGACUUUUCCAAGCUCAAAAAGGAGUUUCAGCAGCUGGACAUCGCCUCCACGAAAAUCACCAACCAGUGUGAGUUGCUAAGCCAGUUGAAGGGCAACCUCGAGGAGGAGAAUCGUCACCUGCUCAGUCAGAUUGAGACCUUGAUGCUACAGAACCGGACUUUGUUGGAGCAGACUAUGGAGAGCAAGGAUCUGUUUCAUGUUGAAGAGCGACAGUAUAUCGACAAGCUUAAUGAUUUAAGGAGGCAGAAGGAGAAGCUGGAGGAAAAGAUAAUGGACCAGUACAAGUUUUAUGAGCCCUCACCUCCUCGUAGACGUGGUAACUGGAUAACUCUGAAGCUAAAGAAGCUGAUGAAAUCCAGCAGUCGUGAGCAUGGACCUGAGUGCCCGCCCACCCCCACACACUCUGGCCUUGCAGAAUCCCAUCUCUCCUCUCACGACAACAAUUCCUUCAUCAGCUCAGAUGGCUCUGGAGGCUCACCCUCCACCUCAGCAGGUGAUGCCAUCUCACCCCAGCGUAACAGCACCACUCUGAAAAUGUUUCCCCGUAUGAGGAACAGGCUGAAGGACAGAGACAAAGUCAAGUCCCUCUUCCGUCGUUCCAUGUACAAGGAUUCAAACGAUAGUGCUGCACCAUCUGGAGUUGAGGACAAUGACGAGCUUCAGCAUCACGGGCUGAAUGGGGUCCAGAGUCGAGCCCAAAGUGAGAGCAGUGGAGAGUUCAGCCUGAGCAUGGAGAAUGAGCCGUGGUCAAACGGUAGCAGCCCUGUCCAGCAGCCUCCAUCACGCCGCUCCUCCUACCAGGCACCCAGUGAAACCUCCACCCCCCUACACAACACAAAGCAGCAGCAGCAGCAGCACAAGGGAAAAGCCUCUACCAUGCCCACUACCAACCGUCAGGGUGCAGAUGUCCAGAAACCGAAAGAUCCUGUGCUGUCUCAGGACUUCUGGCUCACAAGGGGCACCAAAAGCAUCCGAAGAGGGUCAAGAGGGAAGGUGACACGUCGCUCAUCAGAUUCAGGAGGCAAAAUAAACCCAGAGCUCAAUGGUAUGAGUUUAAAACUGACCGACAGCAAAGCUGAAACUACCCGCGCUUCCGCCUGUUCACCAAUCACAGUGCUGUAUGUUCAGGGUAAGUCAUCCUCAAUGUCUGGCUGCCUCAACUGCUUCUCCACUCCUCUGGGGAAAGAGGGGCGGCUGAAAGGGGGUAGGUCACCCAAAACUCUCCCCCGUGCCAGCAGUGUCAUUUCUACAGCAGAGGGCUCAUCCCGACGCUCCAGUGUCAGCAGUGAAUGCAAGGUGGCAAUCAAGACUGACCUGACUCCGGUCCAGGUUUCAGAAGAGAGCAAAAAUCAGGAGAAAACGGCCAGUCAGGAUCUAAAACCAGACACUAAGAACAGUGAGCCGGAACCUAUUCCGCCUGUCAAACCACCCAGAGACCCCACAGUUGUUCCCACAGACCAGCCCAAAUCCCCUGUGCAGGAGUCACUGUUUGGUUCCUCCUUCACUUUUAACUCAGUCUUCUCAAACACAAUCUUUAGUGAUACUGUGGGUACAACGACUGGUCUGGAUGUGCUUGACACCAACCAGACCUUCUUCUGUCUGAGUCCAUCUCUGGUGCAAAACGGUCAUCUUGAGAGCCGUGAAUCUGCUGAAAACACACCACAGACACUGCUGAGUGUGGAAAAUGAGCAGAGUCUAAAUGCAGAACAUGCAGUUGGGCUGGAAGGGAAGGACAAGCCGCACACAGUUGCAUGAAAGCUGCUGUUACAUCAUUGUACCUUCAGUCAUUAAAAGAAAGCAGGUGGCAGUUUUCAUCAAGCACACAUUUUAAAUUACUGUAAUCAAAAUGUUUGCAUUGUAUUCCUCUGAUCCCCCGAGUCCACAUAUAUAUUAAGAAGUGUGUUUAAUAAACUUGUUUCUUAUGUCAUUUUUUCAGGACAAUACAAUAUACCCAAACCAUACAUCCAGAGACUCACAGCAUUAUCUUUCUAUCCUGGAUCUCAUUUUGCACAAAUGAUUUUUUAUCAUAUAUAGUUAGAUUUCCUCUUUUUCCCAUGAAUAACUACAUUGGCACUUGUGAGUCACGCCUGUUUACCUUUUUGUUGGACAACCCUAUGUUCUGUAUAUUUGUAGAAUAUGCUGUUCAUUUUUGCUGUUAUGUCUUUCUGUAUACACAUACAGAACUUUUAACUUAUUGUUCCGUUGUGUUCCAUGUGUUUUAGAUUUGAUUUUGUUUGAGAGAGGAUGUGGUGUUCAUAUGUGACAAAAUGUGUAUAUCUUGUAAAAAACGGUGUCAACCUGAAUGCUGUUUUCCCUUAAAUAAAUAACCCUCCGUGUAAAAUGUA